AUGGCUUCUGAUCUUGGUGAUACUAGUAUGAGUUCAAUUAGGAAAAAGCAAUUUGACGAUGUUCUUGUCGUGUGGUACAUGAAUCAUCAUUUUCCUAGAGUGUCAAAACAACGUUUGGAUGAAGGUGAUUAUCGUCUAUUGUUUUGUUUAAACGAUGAAACAUUGAUACAAACAUUGUCAACAUCGAGUACAGAUGAUACAAAAAUUCUACUUAUAUUACCAGCUUAUCGAGCCAGUGAACUCUUGCCGAUUGUACAUGACAAUGAACAGAUCGUUGGCAUCGAUCUAUUGUGUGUGCAAGCUGACGAAAUAAUUAAUGAUUAUCAACAUUUAUUUGGCAUCUAUCCUAAAUUACUUGGUGUUUACGAAAAUCCUCCUAGUAAUGUACCCAUCAUAGAACAGCUCAGAAAUAUAUCGAAACAACCGUACAUACCUAUUCUAUUCGAUAGGGAAUUACAAUCGAUACUCGAUUUAUCUAAAUUCUAUGAUGAAUUCAAAAGCAAUCGUCUAUUUCGAAGUAUACAACUCGAAGAUGGCAAAAUCGAUAACAACAAAGAGGCUUUUCUUCAUAUAUGUCGAUCAAUUUGUGCACUCGAUCCAAUACAAUUAAAUCGUAUCGAUGAAUUUGAGCAAAACUAUCGACCAGAAGAUGCAAUUAAAUGGUAUUCAAAAGAUUGUUUUACAUUUAAAGUUAUAAACGAACUUUUUCGAAAUAAUGAAUUAUUUCCUGAUGCCAAACUUGGAUAUUAUGUUUUUGAUCUUUGUGUAAAUUUAAAAUUACUAUGGUUAGAACAGCAACGACAAAAUCUACCAUUGUCAUCCACAAUAUUACGUCUUUAUCGUGGUCUGUUCGUACCUGAUGUCGACAUAGAUCGAAUUAAAGCUAGUGAAGGUAAUUAUAUAUCAAUAAAUGGAUUUUUACUAACAACAAAAUCGUAUGAAAUGGCCCGAAUAAUUGCUAGAAAUGUUUUUUGUGAAAUCGAAGUCAAUCCACAAUUAGAUAAUAUUAUUUUUGCCGACAUAUCAGCGUACAGUCGAUUUGAUGAACAAGACGUCUUGUUUAGUUUAGAUACAACAUUUUUCGUAUCAUCUAUCUACUAUGAUGAUGAUGAUAAGCUAUGGAAAAUCAAGUUAAUUGGUGCAAGUGAAGAAGAAUUAAUUGACAAUCAACUUGAAUAUCAUUGUUUCACAUUCGAUGGUCAACAACAAGAAUUUAUUGGUGAUCAAUGGUUUGCAUUCAGAAAAUAUGAUAAAUCCAUUUCAAGCUAUGAAAAAUCUUUACUAUUAAUUACGGAUGAGAGAAACAAGGCUGAUAUCUUCUAUAAAUUAGCAAAAACAUAUUCAACAAACAAACAAUUUGCAUUUGCAUUGGACAAUGCUCUUGACGCCUAUAAAAUAUAUAUGAGUAUUCAUCCAUCAAAUCCACAUAUAAUAUUGGAACUUUUAAGAUUGAUCGCUAUUUCAUAUGCAUGUGUGGAUAAUUAUGAUUGUUCAAUAGAAUAUCAUAUAAAAUAUCUUAUACUAGCCGAAUCAUACGAUACAAAUUGGUGGCUUACAGCCUAUUGUCCUGGUUCGCAACAAAAUCUUAAAUCGUUUCCCGGUGAGAUACACACGUCACUUAUCUAUGGACAUGCAUUAACACAUCUACUGCAAAUUCUUACAAAAGUACAAUUCAAUAAUGAUAUUUUAGCUAAAAUACAUCUUAAUAUUGCGAUUCUAUACGAUCAUAUUAAUCAUUCUCAAAAUCAAGGAAGUUUCAAACAUUUCAAAAUUGCCAAACAAUUAUUUGCUGCAGAUAGCAUAGAACUACGAUAUUCAAUUUGGUAUUUUGCAUAUGGACGAUCAAAAUCUUCAAAAUCAAUCACUGCAGUUGAUUCUUAUCGAAAACUAUUAAAAUUAUUACACUUAGAUAAUAGUCAAUUAAUAAUGAUAGUUCAUUAUGCUAUAGCAAGAUGCUAUUUUCAAAGUAACAAGUAUAAUCGUGCCCUUCAUUAUUUACAUCAUGCUUUAAAAAUCAAUGAAAAAUAUUCAACAAAUGAUGAACUUUGUGCCAAAAUUCUCUACAUUAUUGGAUGGACGCAUUCAUAUUUCGAUAGAAUUGAUUUAGCUCUAGAAUUUUUAGAAAAGUCCUUAUCGAAACAUGACACAUUGGUGAAAGUAAAUCCGAUAAAUUAUUACGAUAAUUUUCGUAUUGCAAAAAUAACAGAAACCAUAAGUGAGUGUUAUUUGAAGAAAGACGAUGAUGAAAAUGCUCUAAUAUAUAGUCAAAUGUCAUUAGAACAAUAUUUAAAAACUGCACCAGACUAUUUAGAAAAACAUGCAUAUCUUUAUUUCCAAUUAGCAGUUUUGUAUGAACGAGCUGAAGGAUUUCGAUUAUGCGUCGAAUAUUUUAAAACAUCAUUGUCAAUUCGAGAACGUCUUAUGGAGUAUGCUGAUGAGAACCUUGCAGCAGAGUACUGUCUUUUGUCCAUGAAAUAUCAAAUUUUAAAUCAACUCGAUUCAGCGAUUGAAUCAUUAUUGAAAUCACUCGAAUUAUUGAAAACAUAUUCAUCACCUUCAUUACCAUUCGACUCAGACAUGAUUAUUGUUCAAAAAAGACUUGUCGCUUUGUACGAUGAGAUACUUGAUUAUCCAUCAGCACUUGCAUAUUCAUGCGCAAUGCUUGAUAUUUUAGAAAAAAUGAAACCACUGCCCAAAACACAGAUUGCUUUAAUACAGAAAAAGAACGGAUGGUACUAUUAUCAGAUCGGAGAUCUCGUCAACGCUUUAAUUUCCUGUCAAAAGUCAUUCGCAUUAUUUCAAGAAUGUUUUCCUUCAUCGAAUACGGAUCAAAUGAGUCCAGAAUUAUCGUAUGUAUUGACUAGUUUGGGACAAAUUUAUUUGAAAUUAGGAGAUCGAUCAAAGGCUUUAGAUUACUGUCAAAAGUCUCUUCAAACACUUGAACAUGAAGAUGAAACUGGUGAAUAUAUUAAAUCAUUCGCAGAUAAUUACGAACUAUUAGCUGAUAUCUUCAUUCAUUACGGGCAGCAAACAUUGAGUUUCGAUUAUUAUUUAAAAUCAAUAAAUUUAUUCCGACAAAUACAUGGUACUAAAAAAGAUCAUUCCGAUAUACAACGCGUUUUAAGUUCAUUGAAUAAUAUCAACGAAAUUGAAUUUUAA